AUGGAACCGGCAAGGCCAUUUUUCACUACUAGCUCUGCGACCAGCGAAAGAUUUGGUGAAGAAAUUAGACCCGAUUGUGAUGAAACUGAAGUAGCAUGUACUGCCGAUAUUGUUGAUGAAGAAUAUCGCCCAGAUAGAGCAGAUGAUUUUGUAACUCAACCUGUUUCCCCCGGUACACCACAUGUAGUCACAUCGUCGGAUGGUGGUGAUGAUAUCAUUGAGGAGCCGAAGUCAGGGAUGGAGUUCAAUACGUUUGAAGAUCUGUUGGUCUAUUAUAAACAGUAUGCAAAAAGUAGUGGGUUUGGGGUGAUGACACAAAGGAGUGAGAGGGCUGAUGAUCAAAGUGUCAGAUAUGUCACCCUUGGUUGUGCACGUGGAGGGAAGGCCCGGAUUAAGAGUUCCAAUCCGGCGAACCCACGUCCGACGGGCAAGACUGACUGUAAGACCCGGAUUAAUGCACUAAGAAUUGAGGGAAAGAUGCGGUUGACAACAGUGAAUAACGCACAUAAUCAUGUAAUCAGCCCACAGAAAUCCCGCUUCUUUCGGUGUAAUCGAGAAGUUAGUGAGACCGUUAAAAGAGUCCUAGACACAAAUGACUUAGCUGGCAUCCGAAUGAACAAGAGUUACGGAUCUCUUGUGGUUGGCGCAGGUGGAGCUGGAGCACUUCGUGAUUAUUUUAUGAGGAUGCAGUUUAAGAAUAACGGCUUUUUUGCGUUGAUGGAUUUAGACGAUGACGGGCGGUUAAAAAAUGUUUUUUGGGCCGAUCCACGUAGUCGGUCGAUUCUGUUGGGAGCUGGAUUGAUUUCCAGUGAGGACACGACGACAUUUACAUGGCUGUUCCAAACCUGGUUGCAGUGUAUGGAUGGAAUAGCUCCGAAGGCUAUUAUUACUGAUCAAGACAGAGCAAUGAAAAAUGCCAUUGCUAUUGUCUUUCCUGAAGCGCGACAUAGAUUUUGCCUAUGGCAUAUACUUAAGAAAGUCCCCGAGAAGCUUGGAUCAUAUGCGACAUACCGACUUGGGUUGAAAACAGAGCUGAUGAAAUGUGUGUACGACACACAGACGAUUGAGGAGUUUGAAAAUUGUUGGGCUGGGUUUAUUAAUACAUACGACUUACAUGAUAAUGCAUGGUUGACAAGUUUAUACAUUGAGCGUGAGCAUUGGGUACCGGUUUUCCUGAAAGAGCACUUUUGGGCUGGAAUGAGUACAACCCAGCGCAGCGAGAGUAUGAAUGCGUUUUUUGACGAUUAUGUCCAUUCAAAGACAAACUUGAAAGAGUUUGUAGACCAGUUUGACAAUGCAUUGAAGAAAAAGAUUGAAAAUGAAAAUCAGGCGGAAUUCCAAUCAUUCAGCGGCACCAUUCCCUGCGUAUCAAGAUCUCCAAUUGAAAAGAAAUUUCAAGAGCUGUACACCAACAAUAAAUUUAAGGAAGUCCAACAGCAAGUAAUCGGUCUGAUUGAUUUGGAAAUAUCUCUACAGGCAUCUGAUGGUGUAAAUAGGAGGUACUUGGUAGAAGAUGAAGUCCGUAUUCAGGAGUUCACAAAACAGGUUACAUAUUCAGUGGAGUUUACUGUGGAUGACUGCAAUGCCAAGUGUUCAUGUGGGUUAUUUCAGAUGAGAGAGAUACUGUGUAGGCAUAUUUUGGCUGCAUUCAAAGCUAAUGGUAUAAAGUCAUUGCCAAACCAGUACAUUUUAGAUCGAUGGAGGAAGGACAUCAAGAGGAGAUACACGUUGAUCCGAAGUAGCUACGAUGCAGGGGAUCAGAUUGCAAACGGUAAUAGACACAUAAUCCUGUUGAAUUUGUGUUAUGAGAUGAUAGAUUAUGCGGUGGAUUCAGAUGAGCAAUUUGAAGAUGCAAAGAAAAGGAUUGAGGAGAUGACUGUUACAUAUCGUCAGAACCAGCGCCCCUUAUCUAGUACCCAAACAGGUUUGGUAUCUGGAUGUACGACAAGUCAGACUGUAGUUGGUGGGUCCCAACAAGUUAAGAGUCCACUUAUUGUCAGAGGGAAAGGAAGACCCCCAUCUCUUAGAAGAGCAUCUAGGAUGGAGAUAGACAUGAGGAAGCUUAAAGCCAAACAGAAGAAAACGCAAGUUGGAGGAAAGCGCAAACAGCGAGAUGAGAGGGAUACGGGAUCCAUGGGCACGCCCAUGACUUUGUUUGAUGAGAGGGAUACAACACCCAUGCUCACUCGAAGGAAUUUAUUUGGGCCAUCAGAAGUAGACCUCACCCAUCUUGUUCAACUGCAGGUAGUAGAACAUAGUGCACUUUUUGGCUACUAG